CCAGGAAGUGAGCCGGUGUUUGUCGCUCCGGGGACGGUGAUGGACCGGUUCGUGUGGGCGAGUGGACUGUUGGAAAUUAACGAGACCCUGGUGAUACAGCAGCGCGGAGUUCGCUUGUAUGACGGUGACGACAAGACAAAAUUUGACUUGGGGACUGUUCUUCUUAGUACACACAGACUACUAUGGAGAGACCAUAAAAAGCAUGAUUGCUGCAUCGCAUUGCCUUUGUCACAGAUAAUUUUCUUUGAGGAACAGGCUGCUGGAAUAGGAAAAAGUGCCAAGAUAGUAGUUCACCUUCAACCAGUUACUCCCAACAAAGAGCCUGGUCCAUAUCAGAGUAGCAAGUACUCUUACAUCAAGCUGUCUUUCAAGGAACAUGGACAGAUUGAGUUUUAUAGACGAUUAUCAGAAGAAUUGUCUCAAAAGCGAUGGGAGCGAAUUUCAGUAUCUCAACCAAUGCAGUCACCCAGUAGAUCGCAAGCAGGAAAAGUGAAGGCUGUUGGAAUUGUGGGUAUUGAAAGGAAGUUGGAGGAAAAACGAAAGGAGACCGACAAAAACAUCUCUGAAGCUUUUGAAGAUCUCAGUCAGCUUAUGAAAAAGGCCAAAGAGAUGGUUGAUUUGUCAAAAUUAAUAGCAAACAAAAUCAAAGAUAAGCAAGGAGAUAUUUCUGAGGAUGAGACUAUCCGUUUCAAGUCCUAUUUGUUGAGCAUGGGCAUAGCUAAUCCAGUGACCAGAGAAACGCAUGGAUCUGGAACACAUUACCACAUGCAACUGGCUAAACAGCUGAUGGAAAUGUUGCAAGUACCAGUUGAGGAACAAGGUGGAAUGAUGGCACUGACGGAGGUUUAUUGCUUGACAAACCGAGCUCGAGGGAUGGAGCUUCUCUCACCGGAAGAUUUAGUGAAUGCUUGCAAAAUGUUUGAGGCCCUGAAUCUACCAAUGAGAUUACGUAUCUUUGAUAGUGGAGUGAUGGUAGUUCAGCUACAGUCACACAGUGAGGACGAAAUGAUUGCUUCAGCCGUGGAGACAGUAUCAGAAAAAGGUUUUGUUAGUUCUGAAGAGUAUGCUAAGCUUGUGGGAAUUUCCGUACUUCUGGCCAAAGAAAGGCUACUACUAGCAGAGAAAGUUGGCCACCUGUGUCGUGAUGACUCUGUUGAAAGCUUGCGAUUUUACCCAAAUUUGUUUCUGACGCAAGACUGAAAAUUCACCUGUGAAAAUCUGUUUGGUACUUUCUUUGGAACACUAUGACUAAGUUGCAUGUGAUGUAUCACAGAAUUACUGGAUGACCAUUAACUGCAGGAUGUUGUGCAUUAAAAUUCAGGCUUCACAACAAGUGUAUGGUAGAAAAAUUCCACCCAUGAUGAUGAAAACGAGAUCAGAACACCACUACAAGUGUGUACAGGGCUUAAGCAAAAGCCCUGGACUGAACUAUUUGAGUUGAAUAGAACUGAUUGAAUUAUUUUGUCACAUUGAACAACUGGUUUCCUUCUGGAUUUAAACCUGAUGAAAGCGCACUAAAGGAACUGAAUUAAAAUCUGUAGUCUAAAAUCUCCUCAACUUUGAAUUCUUAGCUUGAGAUAUAAUCAUUUUUGUCGAUGAUGUUGUUAUUAUAAUGGAACCUUUUUUCAGGUUCCAACAGUAACAUAUGUCAAGGAUUGCUUCAAUUUUAUUAUAUCAAAAAUCUACUGUGACAAUAUUUUUAGAUAUUUUUCAGUUCUCAAUCGUCACUAAAGUACUAUUUUGCCUU